AUGUUUCUCAAAUCCAUCGACCUCACCACCGCUCUUCGGCCUUCCUAUCUGCCUGACGAGGUCCUGCUAUUUGUGCAAGACAAUGUAGGCCUAUAUGAGGGGAAGUAUAAGUUGCCGCACCAUCAAAAUGGCCAGGUAUACCUGACAUCGCACCGAAUCUGCUAUGUCGACAAAGAAGAUCCUCGAACGCACUCGGUCGCACUCGAGUUGAAAGAUGUCGACCGCUACGAGUUCUACGCUGGCUUCCUCAAGUCGUCGGCCAAGAUAACGCUCAUACCGAAACCCUUGAAGCGUUCCUCGCUCAUGGCCAGAGCAUCAGCCAUAUCCCCAGCCACUGGACGGCCAAGUUCUCAUAUCGGUCCUGGUUCAGGUUCCACCACACCUGCUUCGUCCGAUGGUCCCUACAGACCCCCCUCCGAGCAGCCGUCGGUCAGCUCUGCAACCUGGGUCUGCACCAUAUGCAGCUUCUCAAACCCAGUUCCUUCGAAUUUCGAUCCAACCACGGCCAAUAUUCAUACACCUCUGCCGCCAUGCCUCGCUUGCGGGAUCAAGCCCUCCUUGGCGCACGUGUUAAAGGCGGCCAUCUCCAACGCCACGAAUAGGUCCGCUGCAGCACCUGCGACUCCUUCCGGGCCGCUGCCUGUCGCAGCGCGACCCCAACGGUCGAACUCGCGAACAGGAGAAACGGGCGGACCCCCACUGUGGCCAGGAUCGUCCAGCAUCAUAGGCACGCCUCCUCCGCAACAACCAAUGCAGCCAGCGCCGCUCGACCCCAGCGCCCAUUUCCAAUGCCCUCGGUCGCGGCCUCGAUAUGCGCAAGAACAACGAGGUCAUGAUUGGCAGCGCUUUUUGAGGGACUUGGACGCUCUCAUGGCCUCGGCGAAGGAGAUCGUGGCGCUCGCAGAGAGAUUCGCGCGGCAGGCCAACGGGGGCAGUGGCGCGGCGGCUUCUGAGGCGAACGCGCUGCUCGCCGAGUCGGCCAGCCAGCUCGGGCUGAUCACGACAAAGGACAUAGUCAGCGGAAGCAGCUCUGAGAAGCUCUACCUCUCGGAACUGGCUCGUAAUCUGGCCGAGUUUCUGACAGACGACGCCCGUGGCGUCCUCAAGAAGGCGGGCGGGGUUUUGAGUCUGGUCGACCUGUGGGCCAUGUUCAACCGGGCCCGCGCCGGUGUCGAGCUCGUCAGCCCCAUGGACUUUGAGAAGGCGGCCCAGAUGUGGGAGUCGCUCAAGCUCCCCGUGCGGCUGCGCACCUUCAAGAGCGGUGUCAUGGUGGUCCAGAGCAGUGACAGGACCGACGAGACGACCAUCAAGGCCCUCAAGUCAUGGCUGGCAGACCUUCACGAGUUUCCCCCUGAGCGCGAGGUGGCAUGGGACUGGCGAAUGUUCGGCCGUGGAGUCACGGCACGCGACGCAGCCGAGCGGUUUGGCUGGAGCAUCGGCGUGGCUGAGGAAGAGCUGGAAAUGGCCGAAGAGCGCGGCGUGCUCUGUCGCGAGGAGGGUAUCGAGGGUCUCAAGUUCUGGGAGAACUUUAUCGACACGGGCGAGCGUCACAAGCGGCGCGUCAAGAAGCGGACGACGGAGGAUGACCAGGUCACACGCGCACUUAAAGAGGCGGGCUUCAUUUGA